AACGACUCGACCAUGCAUCCAACGACCUCUGCGCUCUGCGACCGCCUCCUCUACAGCUCGGACGACGACAGCGACGACCAUUUGACGACUGUCGCCACCAAGUCGCUCGGCGAACUGCUAGAGAUUCCGCUCGACCUCCCGCGCGACUCGCCGCAAGCCGACCGCCGGCCCGCGCUCGAAUGCCCCGUCUGCCUCGACGCGGUCUGCAAGCCCGUCGCCACCAAGUGCGGCCACGUCUUUUGCGACGAGUGCCUCAUGCAAGCGCUGCAGCGCGCCAAGCACAAGUGCCCCGUGUGCCGACGUCGCGUGACCCGCAACCAGCUCCUGCGGCUCUUUAUUUAAGCACUCAACUACCAUAGUAGCCAUUCCAG